CGGCCAAUGCGGGCGCGGCCUAUGCCCGUCCCUCGCCUCCGAUUGGCUUCUCUAUCGAAGGAUUCAUCUCUUUCUGCCUGGUUUAGGACACCGUCGAUUUCCGCCUCGGUGGGAGCCAAUAAGCGUUCCGCCUAUUGUCUGAUUGGCUGUUCUUUCGGCAAGCAGCUAGAGCUGCCUGUGCUGGGCGCGGUGGGCGAUGGGAAGAAGAUGGCGGCUGGCAGCAGCACCGGGAGUAGCGGGUUGGGCGAUGCCUGCAGGCACCACGCGCAGCUGGGCGUCUGCGAGUCGCGCGCCAAGUACCGUGAGGGGCGGAGGCCGCGCGCCGUCAAGGUUUAUACUAUCAACUUGGAAUCUCGUUAUUUACUAAUACAAGGCGUUCCUGCAUUAGGCGUUAUGAAGGAAUUAGUUGAACAAUUUGCAUUAUACGGUGCCAUCGAAGAGUAUCAUGCUCUAGAUGAAUAUCCAGCAGAGCAAUUUACUGAAGUUUAUCUUAUAAAAUUCCAAAAACUGCAAUGUGCAAGGGUGGCCAAGAAAAAAAUGGACGAACGAAGUUUCUUUGGUAGUUUGCUGCACGUGUGCUAUGCUCCAGAAUUUGAAACAGUCCAAGAAACUAGGGAGAAGUUGCAGGACAGAAGAAAGUAUAUAGCGAAAGCAACAAAUCAAAGAGAUUGCUUUGUGUUGAAGAAAGUAGAGGGCCCUAAGAAGACCGUCUCAAAGAACUCCGAGCGUGAUUGUCCACGGAAUGCAUCAGGACUGUGUGCAGCUGGUAACUGGGAUCCAUCCUGCUUUACAAGUUCUCACGGGGUAUCCCACACCAUAGGGCAUCCAUCUGGGAAUCAUUAUCAGAGCCUAUUGACACUUCCCCACGGUAACAAUUCUGCUGAAACUUCAAGGUACUUUGGUCAAAGCACAUCCCUAACUCUAAGUGUCCAGAUGGGAGGACGCACUCCUCCAACUCCUUUAAUGCAGCAAAGAACAGUUCCAAUUGAUAACGGACUUGAUAGGUUUAUGCCUCGUACAACUCACCUGCAAGAACGUAAGAGGAAAAGAGAAGAAGGUAACAAGUUUUCCCUCAUUGGAACAAGUGCAGAUAAUACUGAAGUCAUUAUUGGUCCACAGCUACCAGAAAUACCUAAAGUGGAUAUGGAUGAUGAUUCUUUGAAUACGUCAGCUACAUUAAUUCGAAAUAAGCUGAAAGAGGUACGGAUUCUGAAAAGUUCUGAUAUUUUCAUUUUCAAACGUAUAUAUUAUGUGCUUGUUAUCCAUAAAACCAGAAACCCUAUGAAAACUUAAUUCAACAUUUAUUCAGUAUUAUCAGUUUGUUUGACACUUAAAGCUAGUGUUCUUACUUCUUAAUUCUUUCAUAAUGCAGAAUAUUGUAGGCCAUUCUACUCCAUACCUCUUACAUUACAUUUCAGAAAGUAUAAAUGCCACUGCGUGGUCCUAAAUGAUUUUUAGUAAACUACACUUUUUAUCCACGUGGGGAGUCAUAACUUUGGAGGUAGUCCUGCCGACUCCAGUGUGGUACUUCUAACUGGUUUCUGAUUGAAAGGGAGCGAAAAAUAAAGUCAGAGUUGCAUGUAAUUUUGCUCCAAUGCUACUCAUGGCAUUAAAAGAUAUACAGAACCACAAAUGCUAUGCUGAGAAGCAUGUCUUAAGCUAUAUAACCUUUUAUGGAGGAUAUUAAUCAAUUAACUCCUGAUACAACUUUCUAUUUAAAUUAAGGUAUGAAAAGCUUCCUUGACUAUGACCAAUUAGAUUGAUUUGAAAGAGCUUAACUCCAGUCAAAUUGAUAAAUAAGCACCCUUUACAUUAAAUAGAUUUUUAAAAUAUUUGUCAAAACACAUGUUUUUCCUUUCCUUUCCCUUCCUUUCUCUUCUUAGAACACCUGAGUCUAAAAAGCACACUAAACCAUACUUUGAAAACACCUCUAGUAGGGAGAGGGGUGAUAAGAUAUGUAACGCUAUCACUUGAGUAUCUGAAAUCAGUUUGUGUGGUUAAAAUACAAAAAUGGUACUGCUAACACUUCUGGUUUUUUUCAGUUUCACCUCUUGUGUUCAAUGCUAUCUUUGGUGUUACAUUUUUUUUCCCCUUUUUCUGCAGGAAAACUAAAUACAAGUGUGAUUAUAGUAAUACAUCCCUCCCAAUACUCAGAUGUGGGAGAUACGGCCUUACUCUAGAACUAGUUUAACAAGGGAGUGGUUACAGUUUACUAAGAUUUUUUUUUUCCCCC